CUGCAUCGUCCCAUGGUUGGGGGCAGAAGGCAGAAGGCAGAAAUACAGGCAAGAGAUCCAACCUGCAGCCACAUGUCUCCUGCUAAGUCACACCAAUCCAUACACUUCCUUCACUGACUCCUGGCUCCUCCCUGUUGAGUCAGUGCCAAGUGGCUAAGGUUUCUAUUUCCUCUCUGAGCCCCGCCCUGUGCAGAGGUCUGCUAGCUGUGAGGGAGAGUGGUGCUUCUCUGAGGCAGGCGAGAUGGCUUUCUUCAACACCCAACCUCCCUGUGGCAUCCAACCCCCCUACGUGAACCCGGCCGUCCCCUUUUCUGGAACAAUCCAAGGAGGGCUGCAGGAGGGACUUCAGAUCACCAUUCACGGGAUCGUCCAGCCCUUUGCAGAUAAGUUCGCUGUGAACUUUCAGUCCGGCUUCAGCGGAAAUGACAUUGUCUUCCACUUCAAUCCCCGGUUUGAAAAUGGAGGGUAUGUGGUCUGUAACACGAAGCAGAAAGGACACUGGGGGCCUGAGGAGAGGAAGAUGCAGAUGCCCUUCCAGAAGGGGGUGCCCUUUGAGCUUUGCUUCCUGGUGCAGAGGUCAGACUUCCAGGUGAUGGUGAACAAGAACUUCUUUGUGCAGUACCCACACCGCGUACCCUACCAGCUCGCCGACACCAUUGCUGUCUCCGGUGCCCUGCAGCUCUCCUUCAUCACCUUCCAGAACUCCUCUGCAGCCCCUGUCCAGCCUGUCUUCUCCACAGUGCAAUUCUCUCAGCCCGUCCAGUUCCCAAAGAACUCCAGGGGGCGCAAACCAAAACCUCCGGGCAUUCGGCCUGUCCACCAGCCACCCAUGACUCAAACCGUCAUCCACACCGUUCACAGUGCCCCUGGACAGAUGUUUCAUACUCCUGGAAUCCAGCCCGUGGUGUACCCCAACAUGUCCUAUCCUAUACCUUUGUUCACCUCCAUCCCAAAUGGGCUUUACCCAUCCAAGUCCAUCAUCAUAUCAGGCACGGUCCUGCCUGAUGCUCAGAGGUUCCACAUCAACCUCCGCUCUGGGAUGGACAUCGCUUUUCACCUGAAUCCCCGUUUUAAUGAGAAGGCUGUAGUCCGAAACACCCAGAUCAACAACUCCUGGGGACCUGAGGAGCGGGAGCUGCCUGGGAAUAUGCCCUUCACUCGUGGCCAGAGCUUCUCAGUGUGGAUCCUAUGUGAAGUUCAAGCCUUCAAGGUAGCCGUGAACGGGCAACACCUCUGUGAAUACUACCACCGUCUGAAGAACUUGCCAGACAUCAACAGUCUAGAAGUGGCAGGUGACGUCCUGCUGACCCACGUGCAGACAUAGGCAAGGUCCCUGGCUAGAGAUGAGGGCUAGGGCACCUUGUGUGUGUCUUGUCACCUCUUCUCUGUCUCAGGCCUGUCUUCCCCAAUCCCACCAUCAGAAGAGCACCUCUGACAGGCGUUCUGGGAAGGGGCAACUCCCAGUUCACUUCCCUCCACAAAGGGGAUGUCUUGGUCUAUGUGGCAUCUCAGCCACAGUCCCAUUGUUCUUAAGUGAGUUAUACACUGAGAGACGUGACCUC